GACCCCAGCUCUGACAUAGAUUCGCGAGCUCCAGCUACACCGUCCGACUCGAGCGACUGACGCCUGUCGCCUCCCACCAUUUACGACACCGCGCAUUUCUCUACGCUGACCCUCACGAACACCUCCAAGACACGUAACCGCGAAGAUGACGAAAAAGCGCAAGAGAUACCCCGACCUAAACCAGAAGCUCGAGCGCCCAUGGUGCUUCUACUGCGAACGCGACUUCGACGACCUAAAGAUUCUAAUUUCACAUCAGAAGGCGAAACAUUUCAAAUGCGACCGCUGCGGACGGCGACUGAACACGGCCGGAGGUCUGUCGGUGCAUAUGAACCAAGUCCACAAGGAGAAUCUUACACAUGUCGAGAAUGCCAUCGGCGGGCGACAAGGCCUGGACAUUGAAAUCUUCGGCAUGGAGGGCGUCCCCGCCGAGAUACUCGAUCAGCACAACCAGCAAGUGACGCAGAAGCACUUCGCCGAGGAGGCAGAGCGCGCGCGCGUAACCGGUAACCCGGUGCGCGGCGAGUACGCCAACGGGCAAGCGCCUCCGAACACACGCAAGAAGAUCUCCGAGUCCCUCGACGAAAUCGAGGCGCGCGCCGCCAAGUACCGCCACGACAGACAAAACGGCAUCCUGCCUGCGCCCGUCGAGGUUGUUGCGCCGCCGAAUCCUGUACGCACCGCUGCUGCUACAUCUAGAAUUACCUCGCUGACCGCGCAGACUCCUCCAGCCGCCUCGUACGGCGCUCCGCCUGCCCCCUUCGCCGCGCCCGUCUACCAACCCCCACAAGGGUUUCCCACAAACGGCGCCAUCCCGCCCCGCCCCGGUAGCCUCCCUGGCCAACCCGCGGCGCUGCCUCCGCGCCCCGGCGCCGGCGCGCCCGCGACUCUCGACGACGGCGGGGCAGGCGAGCCGGUCGGCGAGCGCAAGGAGGACAAGAAGAGCAAGAAGAGCGCAAAUAUCAAGCUUGUGUUCUUCGAUGAUUUUGUGUCGCCCGAGGAGAAGAUGGCGCGGUUACCGCGGUUCGCUGUGGCGGGCGGCGCAUAGGAGACAGACGCAGGGACGUGGAUGUAAGGCGAGCAUAUGCAUGAUUAACAUGUAGACUUGCUAGAAAGCAACAAGGCGAGUAAAGCGAGUAAAGCUGUCGAAAGUAACGCAGAUUCAUGCUCAUUACCACGUACUCAUCAUCGCACUCAAACGCUGUAUAAUCGUAUCAAACCUGCCCUCUUACGCUACA